GGGUGUGCGCUCGAGUCACGAUAAAAAGGCUUUGCUCUUGGGAAAAAACUCUUGAUUCUUUCCGCAGCCUUCCGUUCUCCAUCGUGCGGCAUGAAGCGUCUACCUGGAUACUUACCAUCAUUACGCAAAUUUAGGUGACUUUCUUUCCCUCCCGACUUGGAUUCUACUUUAUGAUGAUUUUGGAUAUGUACCUUUGGGAUGAAGAGAACCCUUUCCCUGCCCGCAGAAGUAAGAUAAAAUAGGGUUUCGCUGACAUUGGAGUUACUCCUCUCGUUCCAUAUGAAGAAGUCAAACAUUUGGAUAUGCACCUGUGUCCAUUUAUUGCUGUACAUCACAGUUGCUGCCUAUUCCAUUGAAAUAGGAAAUCCCAUUACAGAUGACAUCAAGAAGAUUUCUUUGUUGAAACAGAAUAUUCCAAAAGACUACAAGAUUACAGUGCGUUAUAUACCUAAAGAAGUGAGUGGCAUGUGCUGGGUGAAGCUAAAUGUAUUUCACUUGGAGGUGAGCUUAAAAGGCCUGGCGCAGAAGUUUGGGAACAUAUCCUCCAAUAAAGAUAAUAUAGGCACUUUCGUCCAAAUACUGCAAGAUAUGCGGUAUCACAUUGGACCUGGUUUGGAGGAUUCAAUGCUUGACUUUGAGUGUCACUAUGUAGAGGAGAUGUGGCUUACGGCGAAGUAUUUUGAAUUUUUGGAGGAUUUUUUCAACACUGCCAAUUCAUCAAGAGAUGCUGAGGACUGCGAGCCACCGCCAUGUCCCACAUCCACAAAAACAACAAUAACAACAACUACAACAGCGUCGACAACAUCAGCGCAACAUAGUACAAAUGAGAAACGAAACGGUUUGCCUGAUGACCCCGAAAAAGGGGCAUUUCUUUCAAAAGUUUUGGAGAGUAAUCUCAUGUGGCUCCUCACCAUCCCGUUUGCAAUCGCAGUGGUGGUUUUGCUGGUCUGGAAGAUUAAGUCCAGAAGAAACACCCCCCAAACUGACCGGAGUCCAGAAGAAGGUCCCGCUCUGUUCUCAGGAGAGGAAGCCAAUAUAUCGCCAUUAGAUGUGGGGAUAUCUGAAAAAAACAGAUUAAAUAUUAUCAUGGAUGUGUAAAUCCAGCCCCAGCUUAAGCAACGCAGUCACUCCUUCACAUGGCCCAACCUACAGGAACAAAGAACCACCAAGCAGUGAAGGACGCAUGACUGGCCUGAAACGCAACGAACUGCUCUUUGAGAACUGAUGCCCUCUUUUAUCAACCACUGCUGAACCCUUUGGGGUAAAACGGUUGCUCCUUCUGAGAACUUCAUGCUCUUUAAAGCUUCCUUCUCCUCGAAAAAGAGACUGUGCAGGAGGAAUUCGACGAAAAGCAGAACAAAAGCAACAUGCGAUUGGAUUCACCUAGAGAUGUCAAAUAGCCAAGUGCAUUUUUUUCGAGCGCAGGAGCCGCAGUUCAGAAGGAGGGCAGCCAUUUUUGUUGCUUGAGAGCAGAUGGCUGACUAAAAGGAGUUUAAGCAGAAGUGACUACCUCCAGCUGCUCUGGUUCAUCUCCUUAUUUCUUUCUUUGCUUCGUCUUUUUUUUUCCUUCUUCUUUUGGGCUGGCUGUCCAGAUAGACACCUUUUCACUUUUUUUUUUUUUUUGGAGUGCUUGAAUCAGUAAAGUCGUUCUCAGAUUGUAU